AUGCUGUUGCCACCGCAUACGCACGUUAGCACUUUGUUGCAGCUUUUAAUCCAAAGGUAUUUCGCUCAACUUACCUCCGUCUUGAUUGUUCAUGAUGGGGUGAGGGAGAACGGUGUCGGAACUGCCUUGCAGCAAGAGUACCUUGAGGCAGUGCAGUUGGCAUUCCGCAAUCUGUCACAGCAAGGGCACUUAAUUGGUCUGCAAUGGAUUGAUGUCAGUCAACUGAAUAGGAGAAGCAACAGCAGCGGCAGCAGCAGCAGCAGCAGUUGCAUCGGAAGCAAAGCCCAGAAUGUCAGCCGCAGUAACAGCAAAUGCACAGGCACCAACAACGACGAUGGCGAUGACUACGACGAUGAAUUGGAGCUGCAUUUGCUACGCGCCGUUAACCACGUGACCGAGGGCUUCAUCACCAUUCUACCGGGCAAUGUGCGUUUCCUGCAUGCCCGUUACUAUGCAACACGUAACGCUGAUCUACGUCUCAAAGAUAAAUUUUAUCUGUUCUUGUGCGAACAUGAAAAUCCAGCGGAUUUGCUUUCUACAGAAAUAUUGCAAUUUUACCCUCAUCACUUAAUGGUUACACCGGAAAUACCUACAGCAGUGCAAUCGGCCAACAAACAGCGUAAAACCGAGAAGUCACUUAAAACACCUGCUUUAUCUCCAUCCAUGUCGAACAUUGUCACAUCGCCGCUGUUACCCGCCGCUUACCGCAACAACAGCAUCCAACUGUGGACACAAAAGUACAUUGGUACCAAUGGAAAUUUGAAUGUACUGCUGCUGGACGUAUUCUGGCCAAACGAAACUUUUGCACGGAAUGUCGAACUUUUCCCCAACAAACUUAACAACAUGGAAGGACGCACAAUACAUGUUGGCACCACUACCUACAUACCGUAUGUGGUGUCUAAUUAUGUGCCACCUGGUACCGGCAACGUCGACGCCUUAGAUUCGAACGAAUUCAAUCGCACAGUAUUAUUCAUAGGCUCCGAAGCCGAGAUAUUAACAACCUUUUGCGAUUUUCGGAAUUGUCAUCUGCGCGUAAGACCAUAUGGCGCUGAUAACUGGGGUUACAUUUAUGAGAACCAAAGCUCAGUGGGUAUGUUGGGGGACCUCUAUAUACAGGACUUCGAAGUGGCUAUCGGUUGCAUUUACAACUGGUACAAUAGCAUCACUGAAGUUUCAUACACAAUAGCGCGAUCGUCGGUUGCCGUAUUGGGACCAGCGCCAGCUCUAUUCCCGGCAUGGCGUGCUAACAUAAUCCCAUUUAGUAGCAGUCUUUGGAUUUUCAUAAUGUUUACCAUUUUACUUUGCGCCUUUGUUAUGUAUUUCAUACGACUUAUUUCUUUCACAAUGAAAAAUCGACGUAAGAAUCAAGUGCGGAAUUUUCCCCAUAAAAGUGCAUUUGGUCACGCAUUAUUGGAUAUGUUUGCGGUAUUUAUACAACAACCAUCGGGACCUACAAGUUUACGCACAUUCGCCGGUCGCUUCUUUCUGGCGACUAUUCUCUGUGCCACCAUCACAUUGGAGAAUACCUACAGCGGUCAAUUGAAAUCCAUACUAACUGUACCGCUUUUCUCCGAGGCUGUUGAUACUAUAGAGAAAUGGUCUAAAACCGAUUGGCCUUGGAGUACACCAUCCAUUAUAUGGAUACAAUCAGUGGAAAAUUCCAAUAUUGAGAAAGAACGAGUAAUGGCCAAGAAAUUCGUUGUGCAUGACUAUGAUUUUCUCUACAAUGCUAGCUUUCGUUCCGACUAUGGACUGGGCAUCGAGCGCCUAAUGAGUGGCGCUUUCACUUUCGGAAAAUAUAUAACUAUACCUGCGCUGGAAACGAGGAUUGUGACGAAGGAUGAUUUGUAUUUCGAUUGGACACGUGCCGUAGCCAUAAAAGGUUGGCCGUUAAUGCCACUCUUCGAUAAACACUUACUUGCCUUUCUAGAGGCGGGUCUUUAUGUGUACUGGGAAAGGCAGGUAACACCCAAAUAUUUGGAUCGUAAAACACAGGAAAUCAUUAUGAAU